AGAAGAAACAUGACUGCUGCAUCCAUGGCGCACAACGUGGGGAAACAUGCCAGUGCCAAGGAGGAGAGAAAGCUGAGAAAGCCUCUCAUUGAGAGAAAACGACGGGAGAGGAUAAAUAACUGUUUGGAUCAGUUGAAAGAAACCGUGAUCGGAGCGUUCAGGCUGGAUCAAUCCAAACUGGAGAAGGCAGAUAUUCUGGAGAUGACAGUGAAGCAUCUGCAGAACAUCCAGAACAACAAAGUCAAUGACCCCUCAUUAGGCCUGGAGGCCCAGCAGAGAUACAGCACAGGCUACAUCCAGUGCAUGCACGAGGUCCACAACAUGCUCCUCACCUGCGACUGGAUGGACAAAACUCUGGGCUCCCGUCUUCUAAACCACCUCCUCAAGUCCCUGCCCAGGUCCACAGAUGAGCGCCCUCUCCAGCUUUCACCCAGACGUGAUGUUCCUCCUCCUCCUCCAACAGGGCACCCCUGCACCCCCCUCAGAGGAGACUCCGUCUCUGGGAGGCAGCUCCAGAGAGAAGCACCAACCUGCCACGUGUCAGGACGGCCAGAGAGAGCAGCACUCCACAACUCCCAGUUGGGGCUGCUGGAGAUGUGGAGGCCCUGGUGA